GCCCCCAGGCCGCGCCACCCGCCCCGCCUGCAGCUGGCGCCCGGCGCCCAGCAGCUUUGACCCUGGAGAGGUGAUCCCGCAGGCCUCCCGGGACGGGAGCGCGGGCGCUCCGGGCUCCCGAGGUGGCACUAGGAGGCUGCUUGUUGGAGGCACGGGCGUUCGCGAGCAGGAAGAUCUGAGCCGCGCGCUCGGCGUCCGCAACCCCCAAGUUCCGCGGCGCGCGUCGGGCGCCCCCAGCCCGGGGUCUCCGCUCCAGCGGGCGUCCGUGUGAGUGUGGGAGCGCGUGGCGCGCGCGCACGAGCGGCUGCCGGAGAAUAAAAUGUGACACGCACGUCCCCGACUUCAGCGCCGCGCGGCCGGGGAGCGCCGAGCACCGCGGUGUCCGGCGCUUGGAGGCGCGGCGUCCGGAGAAGGUUCAUUCCGCCCUCCACUGCUUCAGGACACAGGGUGCUUGCGGACCACUGAGACCUGCCAUGAAACCACACUUGAAGCAAUGGAGACAACGAAUGCUUUGCGGGAUAUUUGCUUGGGGGCUCCUCUUCGUGGUGAUUUUCGUUUACUUCACCGACAGCAACCCUGCUGAGCCUGCGCCCAGCUCCUUCUCCUUCCUGGAGACUAGGAGGCUCUUGCCCAUGCAGGGGAAGCAGAGGGCUAUCAUGGGCGCCAUGCAGGAGCCCUCCUUGCCCGAAAGCGUGAACGCAAAUAAAGGACUGCUCGAUGGACACCUGUCUGGUCCCUUCCUCACAGGGCCGGGCGACCUGCAGAAAUGGGCCCAGGUACAAGAUGGGUUUGAAAAUGAAGAAGAGUUCUUUUCAUCCCAGAUCGGGAGAAAAUCUCAGAGCGCUUUCUACCCGGAGGACGACGACUACUUUUUUGCUGCUGGUCAGCCAGGUUCUCACAGCCACACUCAGGGCACGUUGGGGUCUCUUUCCCGCGGGGACCCAGGCCGGUGGGAGGGAGUGUCACCAGCUCACCAGGCCCAGAGAAGACCGGGGAAGAAAAGGCACCGGCCCCAGGGAAGGAGCCACGUGUUGGAGGAGGACUACGAAGGGGACAGGCUGUAUUCCUCCAUGUCCAGGGCCUUCCUGCACCGGCUCUGGAAGGGAAACGUCUCCUCCAAGAUGCUCAACCCACGCCUGCAGAAAGCGAUGAAGGACUAUCUGAGCGCCAACAAGCACGGCGUGCGCUUCCGAGGGAAGCGCGCGGCGGGCCGGAGCCGGGCGGCCCUACUGUGUGCGCUGCGGCGCCGGGUGCGCGUGCGCACACUCGACGGCACCGAGCCGCCCUUCUCGGCGCUCGGCUGGCGGGCGCUGGUCCCAGCGGUGCCCCUCAGCCAGCUGCACCCGCGUGGCCUGCGCAGCUGCGCUGUCGUCAUGUCUGCGGGCGCCAUCCUCAACUCCUCCUUGGGGGAGGAGAUAGAUUCUCAUGAUGCAGUUUUGAGAUUUAACGCUGCUCCUACACGUGGCUAUGAGAAAGAUGUUGGCAAUAAAACCACUGUACGCAUCAUUAAUUCCCAGAUUCUGACCAACCCCAACCAUCACUUCAUUGACAGUUCAUUGUAUAAAGACGUCAUUUUGGUGGCGUGGGACCCUGCUCCUUAUUCUGCAAAUCUUAACCUGUGGUACAAGAAGCCAGAUUACAACCUGUUCACUCCAUAUGUUCAGCAUCGUCAGAGAAACCCAAAUCAGCCAUUUUACAUUCUUCAUCCAAAAUUUAUAUGGCAGCUUUGGGACAUUAUCCAGGAGAACACUAAGGAGAAGAUUCAGCCCAACCCACCAUCUUCUGGCUUCAUUGGAAUCCUCCUCAUGAUGUCCCUGUGCCGUGAGGUGCACGUGUAUGAGUACAUCCCGUCGGUCCGGCAGACGGAGCUGUGCCACUACCACGAGCUGUACUACGACGCCGCGUGCACGCUGGGGGCCUACCACCCGCUGCUCUACGAGAAGCUGCUGGUGCAGCGCCUGAACACGGGCGCCCAGGGGGACCUGCACCGCAAGGGGAAGGUGGUGCUGCCCGGGCUCCGGGCCGUGCGCUGCCCUGCGCCCCGCUCUUGAAAAGGGACUCCUGGGAAUCCAUGUGCAAUAAGGUACUUUGUACUCUGAGUCACAAAAGAAUACUUGAAGAUGUGUUUUAGGCAAUGUCGUCUAGAGUCUUUAAACUGUAAUUUAGUGGUGGCCACGAGAAUCCUUCUCUUUUUAAGCCAUUGAGUAUUUAUUACUGCUUUGAAUAUAAUAAUGGAAUUGAAAUGGCGGGCGCGGGGAAUCAAGAAAGAUGCAAACAAAGAAACAAAAAAGGAAUAGCGGGGGGAUAAAAGCAAAUGUAUAACAUAAGGGUACUAUACUGCCAAAAUUGGUAAGCUUCUCUCUGCCCUGGGCACCACUUAACAGUGUUGGUUUCAGUGAUACACCUGAUACUAUGAAAUGGCGUAUACCUUGAAACACCGACAUUGAGGUGCAGUAUCUGUAGCAUCCAGUGUGUCACUUGUACAUGCAUUCAUCAUUAAAGAUCCUAGAAUUUAUGACGAACGUCUGAAUUAUCACUCAGAUGCGUUUAUUUUAACAGCAAAAUCCCUAGUAUAUUACAUGGUGCUCAUGUUUCCAAACCAUUGAUUCAUCAUUCCUGUUUUUCGUUGCCCCCUGAAUGCUUUGUCCUUUGUGGAUCAGGACACAUUUCUAAAACCACAGAGCACCCAUGUUGAGCAGUUCAAGAAAAAGCCAACCCCUGAAUAGCACCACAGAGACACUUUGUUUUCCUGAAGCAUUUCCUUACUUGACUAGGAGUAUUACCCCGACCAAAAGGAGUAUCACUGGCAAGGAAUACAGAAUCACGAGCCUGCAGGAUGGCCCUGCUUUUCUGCCUGGCACCUUCUCGCCUGCAGUCUUCCCUACAGCCUUUCACAGUUUCAGGCACUGAUGAUUACAACACUCCAUGGGACAGGGCGCCUUCCAAUCCAGAAGGCAGGAUUUUGGAGCAGUAACCCGGUGCUUCUGGGGACACAGACCUAUCUCUUUUAUAUGGGUUUUAUGGGUUUCUUGUAAGUAAAUAUCAGCUACUGCAACCCGAAAGUGAUUUAACAGUCACUAGUUCUUCCUACAGAUGGACAUUUAGGAAUUCCAUCCUUGUUUUCACAGAUAGGUUUUAUGUCAGCAACAUAACAAAGCCAUAUAAUUAAAUAAAAUUGUCUGAAAGCAUGGCUCUUUAACAACAAGGAAAAUAUGUAUAUGCUUCAGAGGGAAAGGCAGCUAGUGGGAAAAUUGGCAUCCCAGUGCAUUAGCUAUAUUCAGUUUCUGGCUUUUUUAAUGUCAAUUUUUGUCACUGAUACUUUGAAAAAAAAUUUUGAUAUGAACAUAGUGAAACAGAAACAUUUUGGAAGACCUUAAUUAAACAUGCUAUUAUUUCAAUAUAUAACCAAAACAUAUCUCAGUGGUAUGAUUAAGAUUUCUUGGCAAUGACCACAGCAGCUUAAUUAAAUAUGUUCUCCUUUACAAGUAUGUGAAUGUCAGGAGUUUAUGGAAAGUUUUUUGUUGUUGUUCCAGGGUUGUUUUUCUCCUGAGCCCUCUCAGGACUGCUUCCUUGAGCAAGAAUGAUUUACAGAAACUAACAGCUGUUUGGUUAGUCUACCCAGCAGAAAUCCCGUUGGAUAACAGACAUCUCCUAUGAUUUAUUAUAAUAGUGGAGUGGGAGUCAUUGAAGUGUUUCAAUCACAGCAAUGUCCACUAAAAGCCCAUUCUGAGAGCUUUGUUUCUAGAUCUAUAGGAAGGGUGGAUAAUUUUGUCCUACACGUUAGCCUAUAUCUCAGCAGACAUGGUUAAGCCACUCUUCUCCCUGAUUUCCUGAAAGAGCUUGGUCUUGUCCCCAUGUUUAGUGAGCAAGGACUGUGGAUGCUGGCUGAGUAGCUCUGAUGCGGGGUGGGAGGUCCUCCUGCAGCCUUUGUUUCUCCCUGGAACUUCCAGGCUCUGCCUUCAAAUGCCCAGGGCAUUUAAAGUUUCUUUGAUAUUUGUCCUAGUGGAUUUCCUUACUGGCAUCCUUAUUACCAGGACAACCCUGUUUGAUGACUUGAGAAAUUGGUUAGAGGAAAAUUUAUUGGGGUCAAUAUAAAUAUUCAAGUUCAGAAGCCCCAGAAUACACUUCAAAGGCUUUAAAAUAGCAUUAUGCUGUAACGCAUGCACUUUUAAAAAGUACUUUCAGUCUCACUGAGGUUUUAAGAAAGACUGAAGAGCAUAAAGGAGACUUAAUUAAAAUUUUUGAAUUUAUUAAGGCCUUGGGAAUCUGGGUCUGUUAAACAUCCCAAAAAUGUGGUAUACAUAUUAAUACAGUGUGGGCUGGGCAUUCUUCUACUUAAAAGUUUAAAUUGAUUAGUCUCUCAAAAUAUUAGGCAGGUAGAGUUAACAUGAUGGCUGCUUCUAGUAUUAGCUGAAUUGGCCCUAAGUGGCAAUACUUGGCCAGGCAUUGAUUAAGUCCUUAUAUGCUAAUUUACUGGACUGCAAUAAACACGCAGGCCUUUUGUGGCAGAGUGAACAGUAAAUGGUGUCCCACUGCAUUUCCUCCAGGCUUUGUUCCUUCCAAAACCCUCCAUCCUUUUCUGUGAAGGGUCGCUAAGAAAAUCUUUCUGGUGCAAACUGAAGCCAUUAAGUGUCCCUGUUUUCACUCUCAGGGCUAACAAGGGCAUAUUGCUUUAUAUUUCAAGAUAGUUUCACUUGACCUUUUUUUGUUUUUGUUAUCACAAAGAAACAAAUAUUGACCAAGAAUGACAACUCACCUUCAUGUAGAUUCUUCCUAACUCCUUUCACCAGUCCCUCCACCAGGUACGAGGUAAGGCUUAGCAGUUGCAGCAUUCUCACUGUCCCCACGGAAUACAGUGCUGGCCCUGUGUACCCGACUUUCCUCACUAAGUCCUUACAGAGCUGCUUUUGUCAAGAACUUUGCGCAUGGCCAGGAGGUGGUCAAUUAUAAGUUGUAUGUCAGCUUCAUGCAACCUCAUCGGUGUUCAUUAAAAUGUGCCAAGUGAGGGGCUUUUGCACAUCUUUCAGUUACUGGGUCCUUCCUUGUCCACCUGGACACAGAACCCAAGGAACCCAGCUUCAGCACCAGAGCCUCCCAGGUGUCUCGUGCCCUGGGUUCAGCCAGUCAAUCCGGGACUUUCCGGUAAUCACCUGUCUUUGUAGCCACAGCAUCUGGACAAAGCAAUGCUGACAUAAUCAUUAGCAUUUUCAAAACUGGGAAGUAAAAGUAACUGUUUAAAGCUACCGCGGGGUCUCUCUGUUACAUGUUUAUGACCAGUUCACUCUGGUGGAACAGAUUAAUACCUUAUGCUGUUGGCUGACCCUUUAAGGCGGGAACACUUCCAUACACUGGAUUAAUUAGGUCCUGUUUUGCUGCAUUCAGUGGGAUGAGUCUCACAUGAGUAAUGGUAUGUGAUGGAAGAAUUUUGUAUGCACAAAUGACAUGAUUAAAAUUCUUUCUCCAGCCUUUCUUAGAGAGCAACUCAUGGUGCAUGUUUGAGGCUGGUGGUCAAAGUGACUUGGUCCCAUUUCUGCUUAGCUAUGGGAAGAAACAGAAAGGAGGUAGGAGAAUUAUCAAGAAAUAUAUGAGUGAAUAUAUAGGCCACAUAGUCUCUGCAUAUAUUUUAUUAUACUGUCUGUUUCGACCACUCACUUUUUCUCUGAUAGUUCAGAACUCUACCCAGUGGUUACACAACUGAUAAAGGCAGCUAUAUUUAGAAGUGAAUUGCUUAGGUAAACUAUGCCUGAGUUCAACUUUGUUUUUUAUACUCUGGAUAUUUCCAUUGUGAAAAAUAUUCUGCAUGUUUCUGUCACCGGGGCAUCAUUUACACAAUUGGUAAAUGAAAGGUAUUUCUCUGUCAAUUCCAGGAUAAAAUGUAAGUGCUGAUUCUUGUUUUAUUUAAUUAAUGAAGCCUUUUAAUAAGAAAAAUUAACCCGGCAUAUUCCUCUACAAGCUUGGGCUAGUGGAAUGUAAAGAACUAAAGACAUUGAUAUAGCUCUUACUCUUGUUAUAAAAAGUGUGCAUGUAGAUAUAGUUAUAUAAUUUGCAUAUAUACAUAUCUGCACACGUGGUUGGUUUUGUAUUGUCUUUAUUCUUCACACUUUAUUUCUGAAACCUUUAUAAUAAAUUUUAAUUAUGCAAACACCAGUUUUUUAAGAAAAGAAAGGUGAUGUCAUAUGUUCUUCUGUUAAAAAAAAAAGUCUUCCCACACACUCAUACUUUACACAUCUUGCCUACAUUAAAAAGCAUGGCAGAAAUAUUUCAAAGGCGCUUCUAUGGUAGAACCAUUGCCUGAAGAUGAUAUCCUAGUCAGAAGCCUUUCACUCCGAACUUCGCUGAGAAGUUUACAGCUCAUGGCUUUUACAAGAUUAGGGGAACAAACAUUUAUUGGUUCUAUGGAAAAUAGUCUUCUUACUUGGUAGGUUUCAAGCAGAUUAACUGCCUUGGUAGCAUUAACACGUAACAUUUCUGAUACCACACAUUCUAUUUUACCCUAGAUAAACAUACUUAACGAAAUUUUCCUGGUGGAAACCAGUCAACUUUUUUAACAGCUUUGGGAAUUUUUUUGUAUGAUAAUUUUUAAAAUGAAAUGUGUACUCUUCAAACUAAUUAAGGCCUGAGGUUUU